AUGUCAUAUUCUUCAUUACCAAGCGAACCCGAAAUUGCUACCACCAUAGAUAGCAAAAGAGGAUUAGAUACAAGCACACCACCUCCAACUGAAGGUCAAUUACAUCGUUCACAAAAGAUUAGACGUUCAACAGAUUCGAAGAGGCAUAGUUUAUUUAACAAUAAAUCCAACUCAAUCGGUCAUGAAAAACCUCAACAUAUAAAAAUUGAUUUGCCUUUUUCUUCUCAAUUAUCGAAAAAUUUAAAUAAUGAAGAAUUAAUUGGCUCACAUAAUCGUAAAACUAUAAGUGAAAUCUGGGAAAUGCCAUGGGUUGAAGGAUAUAUUAUAAACAUGUUCGGUAAUAAUCCAAGAGAAUUUGAAAGACUCGGUGAAGUUAAAAAACAAUAUACGAUCAUAAGAAGUAUUAGCAAGGGUAAGAAGGUUGAGAUAUAUAAAGGAUAUGAAGUGAAUAAACCGGAAGUCUAUUACGUGAUAAAAAGUUACAUCAUAAGAGAUGCAUUCGAAAGAGAAUUACAGAUAUUAAGUGAAUUAACAAAUGCAAAGAAUAUUAUGCAAAUGAUAAAUCAUUAUCCGUUGCAAGCGGUUAUCGUAUGCGAAUGUGCUCUAUAUUGCCUAGAAACCUUUUUGGGCCACCAAGAAUAUAUCCAGAGACAUGAGGAGGAAAGUGAUAUAAUAAAGGAUAUUGUAUCGGGUCUCUCGGAACUACAAAAACAUAAAAUAGUGCAUACUGAUUUAUCACCAAAAAAUAUCAUGUACUUUCAAGAAAAGGACGGCGAAAGGUGGAAAUUAAUUGAUUUUGACGCAGCGUGUUUUGUUGGUAGUUCAAAUCAUGUAAACCUCAUAACAAAUUAUUCGGCUCCCGAAGUCAUAAAGGCAUAUGAUGAGAAGAUAGAAAUUAUAGCUAAUUUUGCAAUGGAUAUGUUCUCUUUUGGACUAAUUUUAUAUCUUUUUGAAACUGGUCAUCAUUAUUGGGAUGGUAAAGAAGAUAAAGAAGAAUUUACCUUGCCGCUUGGUAAUAUUCGCGAUUCCGACGCUUGCUUUGCUAUAAAACAAUUGCUCAAUAAAGAUAUUUCUCUAAGAAUGACGUUAGAGGAAUUCAUGCAAACGCCAUAUUACUCCGUACUACUUGUAGAUUCCAGAAGUAAUCCCACGCCUCCAAAGCGCUGUAAACGUAAUAGCUUAAACAGAACUCGUCCUAACAGCUCUAUCAUACUUUUAGAAGGAACUUUGAACUAUGAUAAGUAUCGAUGCGGAAUGAGUGAAGCGGAUUUUUUAUUAUAUCAAGCACAAUUGACACAGGGAACAUUUCAAAUUUUUCUUGAAAAAUAUCAUAAUGAAAUGAAACAAAGCCUAAAAAUAAUGAAUGAUAAAAUCGACAAUUGUACGAGAGCUGUAGAGGAUUUAUCUGAAUUAACCAAGAAAAUUCCACAAUGGUUGGUUAAAUUGAAAAAUGAAAAGGUCCCUAGAGUAUUUGUUAUGAUCCCUGAUCGAAAAGAUUGGAAAAGACCAGCGACGUGGUUUAUUUCAAAGCCAUUUCGUCUUUUAUUCGUUUGCGAACACAAGAAACAAUGGCACAUCCCAGAACAAAAAGGUUGCAAAGUUCUUGAAAUUCCUCAAUUUAUCAAAAAAUAUGGACCUUGGAUAAACCUUUGUUUACGAACAUUAUCCUACGUUUUAAGUGUUAUGACGUCGAACAUCUUUCCACACGGUGUUUCGGACAUACUAUCAUCAAUCUUUAACAUAUCUGAUCAUUUUGAACUUAUGCAACAUUUUCAGGAAAUUAUUGACACUGUUGAUAUCGGUGUAAAAACUAUGUUCGAUGAUGAUCCCGAAUUUGCUCCUUUGAGUAAUGAAGCUCAUAUUCCUCAUAAAAUGAUAAAUGCUUCAGGCCUUCGCGGGCUAAAAAAAUUUCUCGAUACACAAGAAAGUUCGGAUAAUUUCGGUGGAUUGGUACAAUGUGUUGAUGAAAACACUCAAGAGGUUUUAUGGCUAUGUCAAGAACAUAGAAAUGGAUAUUGCGUUAGAUCUAUUGAACAACCAGAAAUGGCACCCGCUUCUCCGAAUUCCAGUGUAUCUCAAAGAAUUCAAGUGCCAUCAACAAAAUCUCGACGUUCAAAAUCUCCCGGUUCAUUAAAACUUCCGUCUUCAAAAUUAUUAUCGAAUCCACAAUCUUCUCAAAAAUCUCCGAUUUUAUCACAAAGUAAGCAACAUCCAACGAUUCUACAAUUUCACUCCAAAUCAUCCAUGAGCACAUCUACACCUGAGACUUCUCCCACCGAAACAAUAUUCGUACCUCCAGAGGGCUUCGUACCUUCAAAAGUUGAUUACAAUAAAUAUGAUUUGAAUAAUUCCUUAGAUCCGUAUCUUGAAUUAGAACAUUUAAAUAAAUUACUUUACGAAGUGAUAGAGAACUCGGUUGCGUCCGGAAGAAAACACUUUAGAAACGAUGAAGUUAUGCAAAUUGCAGAAAAACUGCGUGAGCACAAGAAUAAUUUUAAACAUUUAUGUCAACUUUGGCAUGACAUUGUCCAAAAAGGUCGAUUUAUAAAGAUCAUAAAUAACCAAGUAGCCUUAUACAUUCAUUUCCUAAGGUCAAUUGUACGUUAUUGUGUUGUUAAAGAUUUUAAUUCAGUUACAAUGCAAAUGUCCUUUUUGGCCAUUGACACAUACGAAAUUCACCAAAUUUUAAAAGCCGGAAAAUCAUUCAAUAAACAUCUGGGCAAAUUAUCAGUUGCUUUGGAAGCAUCACAUAAUCUCGUUGAGAGUAAUGCAAUUCAAACUGAAUUGGAUCACUUCUUUAGUGAACCAAAGCUUGAAGUAUCUAUUGAUGAUUCAAAUAUUAUUCAUAUAAUUCAUUAUAAAGACCUGUCUCAAUGGUAUUACACAGUUGAUAGAGCGUGUGUUGAUAAUUUAUUAUCUCCAUCAAAAGAAGAAACAACCCAAGGAACGCUUUUUAAUUCGACGACACGACUUUUAGACAAUUGUAUAAUUGUUACGGGGAGAUUGUUAAAAUAUCUCGAUAACAUUGAAAAUUUGUUGUGUGUCGAGAAAGAGAUUUACCUUUACAACGGUCAUCAAUUGAAUGAACACGAAUUUAUCAUGAAAUUUUGUGGGUAUUCAAUUCAAAAUUGCAAACCCACAUUAUUUUAUGAAAAUACCGAUUAUGGUGACCUUUUCACAUACUUCCAAGUAAAUCAUAAUUCAUCAGAGAAUCUUGUAAAAGAUUGGAAAGGAAAAGUUAAGUUAGCAUGGGAAAUAUCGCAGGCCAUAAAAUUUUUACAUGAAAAUAAUAAGUUGGCAUAUUUUAACCAGUUACGAAUUUUACAGCAAAGAAUUUUACAUCUAGAUCUUCGAAGUGCAAAUAUAUUAUUGAAGUAUGACGCAACGAACAAUUCACUAAUACCGAAAAUAUCUAAUUUCCUUUGGAGUAAAAAACUAUCAGUGAGCAAAACUUUUGUGCACCCAAAAAUACCGAUUCCAUCAAAAGAUAAGAUUUGGAAACGGUGGCAUGAUCCAGAAAGGUUAAUAAAUGGAGGAAACUUUGAAUCGCUUCUUCCGUCAUCUGAUAUAUAUAGUUUAGGGUUAUUGUUUUGGGAGAUAGCUUGGUGUAAAGAAGAUAAUUUGCCAUUUAAAAAAGUCGCAAUUAAGAAACUAUAUAAACAUUUACAAACCAAGGAAGAAAAGUUGCCUGAAAUACCGAAAGAAUAUAGACAGUGGGAGCUUUUAAUCAUUAAUAUGUGGCAACGAAAACCAGUAGUUCGGAAUGAUAUUAUGACUGUGGAACUAAUCAUGAGAAAAUUAUCUAAAGGUAGAGCGGAUUCAAUGCAUCAGCAACCUAUACCAACGUCUCCUCCUCCACAAUAUUAUUUACCUCCAUAUACCGAGACAAUAAGUUAA